AUUUUGUCCAUGCAUUCGUCAGGCUCGGAAAGAACAGGGCACGAUUGAGACACAGAAUUGUCCAAACUUAUGGUAGAAGCGGAAGAACCAUUAUUGGACUGCUGUAUUAAAUAUAUUGAGUAUAUAUGCACAAAUUAGAAACUCACCUCAAUCAAACUCUCCAAACAACACGGCAAGGCAGUAGAAAACUGUAUACAAAAACAAAAAAAAAUAUGAACCACACGGCUGAGCUGCCGGACCCGGGUCUGCUGGAGUUGAGGGCUCUGGACGGAAAAAAGUUACAACUUCUCCAAAUUUUGGAAUGGCUUGAGGCCAACGACCCAAAAUUUGCAGAUCUGCUGCCGGCCAGCAAUGAGUCCUCUGUUCCUAGCACAAGGGUGCUGGACUGGCUGAGGACAUUCAACCCAGAGAAAGAUCUCCUCGACAAUGUUUGGCUGAAGAGGGCCACCAACUCGAGGGACUUUAGACUUUUGAUAAAACGUAUCAAGAAAGAACCCCCGUAUGAAGAAUAUUUUGCAACAGUUAUCGCCAAACGAGGCGACGGUUAUGACAGCAAGAUGGAGGACAUGGACAAAAGUGAUGAAAUGGAUGUCGAGGUUGAAGCUGAUUCUCUAUUUCUUGAAGAUGAGGGAUUAGCUUAUCGAGUCCUUGGGAUCAAAUCGCCAUUUAAAUGUAUGGAUUGCACCAUGACGAAAUGUACUCCGAUAGAACCUGCGAUUCAAUUCAGCUUCUCGCCAACCACGCUGGCGAAAUUGUUUACUCUGCUUGUGGACGAUCGGAAAUUGAGGCUGGAUAAUAUUUUAGUGUUAGGAAGUGGAAUUGGCAGUGUGACAUUUUGUACGCACCUAUUUGUCAAAGAUUGUAAGAAAAUAAUUUCUUGUGAGUGGGCUCCAGACCAGUGCGAGUUGCAGAGAAGGGUUGUAGAAAAGCAUGGGAUGGGUGAUAAGGUGACCGUUUGCACUGGUUUAUUACCUGGUGACGUUGGAAUAAUAAAAUCGAUGGACUUGGUAAUUUUGUGUGAACGAGUGUUAAGUGCUGAUGAUAAACAGAGGGAGACGAUAUUUACAACGCUGAGGAAUAGUAUGAAAUCGGGAGCGAUAUUAAUAUUGUAUAAACGAUUAGAAGAUUAUUUACUGUUGUUUGCUUCUGGGGACAAAGAGGAACUUGGGGAAGAAUGUAAAAUGCAUAAUUACUCACAAUUUGUAAACUGGUUAGUAUUAGAACAUGAGCUAGAUUUUAUGAAUGGAGAGCAUUGUUAUUAUCAUGUGUAUAAAGUUUUAUGAAAUAACAAAUCAAAACUGAUUCAAUAAAA